GUUUCAGCUGCGUUGCUUUUAUUCAACCCAACGAAGAAGAACUUCUUACGUCGCCUGUGUAUGACGUCAUCGGUCUUCACGUGUGGAUCGUGGGCUAUCACAACAUUUAGCUUGUUUAUGAGCUGAUAUUACACAUUUUUCUUUAUCUUUGGAUAAGCGGCCCAAACAAAAGGACAACCAUGACCUCCAACUGUCGACGGCCUGAACACACAGCUCCUCCAGAUGUGUUCUACAAUGAAUCCGAGGCAAAGAAAUACUCUCAAAACUCUCGAAUGAUUGAGAUCCAGACCCAGAUGUCAGAGAGAGCUGUAGAGCUUUUAAACCUGCCAGAGGGACAGCCGUGUUUCCUGUUAGAUGUGGGGUGCGGCUCUGGUCUCAGUGGAGACUUCCUGUCAGAGGAGGGACACUAUUGGGUUGGGGUCGACAUCAGCACUGCAAUGCUGGAUGUUGCGCUAGACAGAGAAGUAGAGGGAGACCUUUUAGUGGGGGACAUGGGCCAGGGGAUGCCUUUCCGAGCUGGCACCUUCGACGGCUGCAUCAGUAUCUCUGCUCUUCAGUGGCUUUGUAAUGCCGACAAGAGGACACAUAGUCCUCCUAAAAGGCUCUUCACCUUCUUUAGUACUCUCUACUCUUCUCUGUCAAGAGGCUCUCGUGCAGUUUUCCAGCUUUAUCCAGAGAACUCGGAACAGCUUGAGCUGAUCACGACGCAGGCCAUGAGGGCAGGCUUCGGUGGAGGCAUGGUGGUGGAUUACCCCAACAGCACCAAGGCUAAAAAGUUCUUCCUGUGUCUGUUUGCUGGAGUAACAGGAGCCCUUCCCAAAGGAUUGGGAGCAGAAACCUCAGACAGAGGUGUUUCAAACCAGGUCCAGUAUUCAGGACAAAGAUCCCGGUUCAAAAACAUGAAGGGGAAAUCAGCGAAGAAGGGACGAGAUUGGAUCUUUGAGAAGAAGGAGAGGAGGAGAAGACAGGGACGGGAGGUUCGAGCGGACACAAAAUACACUGCACGUCAGAGAAGACCUCAUUUCUAAGUGACUCAUGCAGCUGUGCUUCUGUACCGCGACACACAAUCCCCCCUCGAACUGCAGUGUUUGGACUCAAAAUCCUUAAUCCAAGUGAAUGAGAUGCAACAGUAAAAAGCUAUUCUGGCCAAUCAUUUCUACAUUUGUUUGGCAGUUUGUUUUUCACAGAUAUUGGUAAGAUUUCAUUCUCCAUGUUCAUGUUGGCUGGAAGAUACCAAGUACAUGGACAGACAUCUGUACUGCUUACAGUGGAGACAGAGUUGGCAUUCACUGCACUAACAAUGUCAUUGAAUUACAAUAAUUUUUUUUAUAAAUUAUCAAAUGCCACAUCUUCUAUCGCUGAUCAGACUUUUAUUAAAAAUCUACAACAAUAGAGAUUUGUAGUAUAUUUACAGGUAUUUUCCCAGUAUUUAGAAGGAAUUGAACUAAUGACGUCCAUGCAUUUGUGAAGGCUGCACCGUUUCAAAAUCCUAUCAAAAGCAUACAUAUAUGAAAUGGCACAUGCAAUGCCUACGCAAAUGUGUUUGUUUGCCUUGAAUGCACUGCAAGUUCAUUACGAUAAUGAAGGUUUCUAAAAGGGGAGAGUCCAUAUGUAGAAAGAAUACUUUGCUUAUAAGGGAAAAACGGAACUAAACUAACUUUCAAAUCAAAUCAAAUGGCACAUUUCUGCUGGAACUACCACUAAAUCAUUUGGAAAAAAAUCUUUUUGUAGGCUUGAUGGUUUAUAUAGAUUGUUAUUAUCAGUAGAGUGCAUUAAAUACCUUCCGUAUAACAUAAUAAAGACAUUUUGACUAUUAAAAAGGUAAUUCAAAUUUGUGUUUAGUAAGAAAAACAUACAUUAUUGGAUACAGUUGAAAGUCCCACAUGGACUAAUGAAGGCAUCGGAAAA